AUGGCGCUAGAACGGGCUCGGUAUGUAACAGGCACCUUAUACAACGACCCCUUCACGUACGGCCGUUGGACCAUUGACCAGACCCUUGGGGCUGCCGAUGGCACCCCUCUCAUUCCGGGGGAUGGCAUCGUGGGCUUCGCGGGUGGUGAGGUGGCUCAGUUCCCCCACGGUGCACCGCCUUUCUUCCACUCCCUCUGCCUGCAGGGCCUGGUCUCCUCGUGUCGCUUCGGGAUUGUGCUGGGGAGCCACUCGACUGGCACCCAGGUAGGUGUUGGGCGAGCUGGACUCCUAUCUGUUGGAAGGCACUCUCAUGGCCUUCUUGGCCGACGUGCCCGUCAACGACACCCUUCUCACGAAGGACGUGCCCCCCUCGUCUUUGGUGUUCCUCCCUCCCGAAUGAUCUACCGAGGUCGAUUCUGGCAGCUCUUUUCCGAGGCCUGUAUAUUGACCACGAUGUCGAAAUGCGACCGUGGGGGUGGCCGUUUCCAAGACUCAGUCUGCCUCUGCGACUCCCAGCAGCUCACCCUCGGUCAUCGCAAGUAG